AACAAUGGGCCCAGAUCACUUUCAGCCGAGUAGAUAAAAACAGGAAGGAGAAGAGGGAGGCUCUCUCGACGAGCCAUAUAUUCCUGGCUCUGCAACAACAAAUCGCCAUCGCCUUCUGGUUAUCGCCAUGAUUAGGAAGUGGGCGCUUCUCUGUUACGAUGCCUUCAGCUGGACCACGAUAUUGAUUACCGCUGCGUACGUACUCUUCAGGCUGGUCAGGUACCGUCAAAAAACUUUCAGCUACUUCAAGGAAAUAGGAAUACCGGGCCCGGAACCAAACCUUAUAUGGGGAAAUCUUGCCGAGUACCACAGGAAGGGCUUCGUGCAUGCUAUCACAGACUGGUGCGCCAAAUAUGGGGACAUAUUCGGAUUUUACAACGGCGAUCUUCCAAUGUUGGUUGUUAAGGACUUGGACUUUCUAACUUACGUAUUCGUGAAGGAGUUCAAGAACUUCACCGACAGAGGUGUCCUCAUACGAACCGACCAAGAGCAUGCCGUCCUAAGUAACAGCAUCGUACAUGCCAAAGGAGCAGAGUGGAAGAGAGCGCGAAGCUGCAUGUCGCAAGCUUUCACUUCCAACAAGCUGAGGCAUAUGAUGCAGGAUCUUGUAGAAUCAGCCGACUUGUUCAUAGAAACACUGGGAGACUUGGCAGACGCUGGACAAGAGUUGGCGAUCCACGAACCAUUACAAGGUCUUGCCAUGGACUACACCGGGCGAGCAGCUUUCGGACUCGACUGCUGCUUUCAGCGGAACCCCUCACACCCAUUCAUGCAGGCAGCACGCCAGGUCAUACACGGCGUCAUGACUGGACCCUUUCACAUGAUCGCCCAUUGCACAAGUACAUUGGGCGACAUUGUAGCCCCGAUACUCUGGCUGAACGAAAAGCUUGGCACCUUCAGCUUCAGCGUCUUCGGAGAGGAAACCAAAAGGGUCGUUGAAAUGAGACUCCGUCACCCGGAGACAAGAAGACCAGACUUGCUGCAGGUCAUGUUAGACGCAAGUGAGCGUCCAAACGGUGCUGACUCUAGGAAGAAGACAAGUAUGACUCUUCAAGAGGUCGAGCUCAACACCACUAUGACUAUGUUUGCAGGCUUCGAGACAACUUCAACGGCGAUGGCCUACGUGUCCUACGUUCUGGCUAAGUACCAGGAUGUCCAAGAAAUGGUCAGAAUGGAAGUCGCCGCGGCAAUCGAAGAAUAUGGAAAGUUGGACUACGAAGCCGUCACACAAGGGAUGAAGUACCUAAGAAGCGUUGUGGAUGAAACUUUGCGGAUGUACCCCGUAAGCAUUCUGUUUACCACAAGGCGCGCCAUCAAUGACUUCGAAUACAAUGGGGUUAAGUACAAAGCCGGCACUUCCAUCAUGGCUCCAACGAUGAAUAUUCACAUGGAUCACCGCUACUGGCUUGAGCCCCACAAGUUUGACCCCGAGAGGUUUCUCGGCGAAAACGCCGCCUACAGGGCAUCCAUCGCUUACCAACCUUUUGGUGUUGGACCGAGAACCUGCAUCGGAGAACGACUUGCAAUUUUAGCAAUUAUGUACACAGUGGCAAGAAUGGUACACACGUACAGGUUGACCCUCGGGGAAUCCCAGAAGAAGGAACUCGAGUUCCGUUUUUAUGCAGCGAUGGCUGGACCAAAACACGGCCCGUACAUUAAGUUUCAAAGGAUCUGAAGACCACAGUUUGGUUCGAACAUAUCAGGCAACAUAUUCGGCAGCCAACACAAGAGCAGCGCCUGCCAUAAAAAGGAAGAGGACACUUUCACGAAGCAGGAUAACAAAAGCCUUUAUCGCUGA